AAAGCUAAAACGAAAGGGGCAAAUUAUAUUUUGUAAAAAGAUGAGGGCUACAUCCGAUUAGAAGUUUCUGUUCGGACUUGAAUGAAUUCUUACCUGUUAAGUAAAAAAUAGGCACAGAAGAGCUUUUGCAAGUCUCAAAGUGGAUCCAUUUCUUUGAUUCAACAAAAUACUCAUAAAAGAAAGAAAGAGGAAGGUAAAACCCAGUGAUUGUAUGAAAAGGAAAUGGAUGGACCACCGGAGAAUGAUGUUUGUUCUAUCUGCCAUGGCCCUUUCCAUGUUCCUUGUCAAGCUAAUUGUUCCCAUUGGUUUUGUGCUAGCUGUAUUCUACAAGUUUGGGAUCAUGGAUCAGCCCUUCAAGCAUGUAAAUGCCCAUUAUGCCGUCGUCCGAUUACCUUGUUGGUUCCUAGUGAGUCUGUAUCAAGGUUGCAUCAAGAUCCUGAAGUUCCUGAGGUGUUACGGAGAGUUGAGCAAUAUAACCGCCAUUUUGGUCAACAUGCCAAUGGCCUUCUCCAGAGAAUGCAAGAUCUUCCAUUUCUCCUCCGAAGAUUACUGCGAGACAUGACAGAUCCUCAAAGAUCUCUUCCGUUUGUCAUCAGGGCGCGUGUCUAUUUGGCAGUGUUUUUAAGUGGUAUAUACGUCCUUAGCCCCGUGGACCUUAUCCCAGAAGGGUUUGUGGGUAUAAUAGGUUUACUAGAUGAUCUGAUUAUCAUGUUCAUCUGUUUCCUUCAUGUUGCUGCUCUGUAUAGAUCAGUUCUUCUGUUUCGGCAUGGAGGUUCUUAAAUGCUUGCAUCACAUGACAAUUGCAAAAAAGUGAAGAAGAGAUGACAAACAUUUUCUUGUUUCGUAUUCAGUCAGUGUUCAAUGGCUGUUUGCUGGAAAAUCUGUACUUUUACAUGAUUUAGCUUAGUGUACUUGUACAAUUGCAAAUAUAACUCGGUGUAGAGUUACAGUCGAUGAUACUGUGUCAUACUUGGAGCAUUGUAUUUCUGUCAUCGAUGAGCUUCUUCCCCCUCCUGUCUCCUUAUUUCUUUUUCGUUUUCAUUUCUUUCGUA